CCUCGCGGUUCGAGGACAAGACCUGCUGUUAGAUAAUCAGGCUAUUUCAGAGCGGCACCCGAGGCAACUGAGCCUUUUUAGCACCUCUUUGUGUGAUUGGAUGCAAAUCCCGGUGCAUCGACAAUCUUGGUGGCCCCCCGCGUUGGUAGGCGUCCGGAAUAGUUCAGUUGGGAGCGAGAACUGGUUCCGGGCCUGUUUCGUGACUACUACUACGACUCAAAAGUCUACUAUGAUUGAUAACACUGGUACUUUUUCAAGGGUGUGGAAGCAGACCUCAGUUUUCGCAUUAGAACUGCUUGGACGACUUCCUCGGUGCCCCCUUUCUCGAGAGGGACAGCUUCGCUGGUCUGUUGGAUUCUCUACAAAAUUAAGGAACAUACUACACCGAAGUAGAAGCCAUUCCCAGCCCAACUCGAAUCCGAGUUGCCCGGUUACCUUGCAUUUGCCAACCCGGCCUGUAGCUAGAACCAAACUUCCCAGCGGUUCAAGUUCUGGUUACCCACCCUCUUCAGAACCCAAGGCCAUUCUCACGCAUGCUGGCCGAUCGUUCCGAGGUCCUGAAUGUUUUAGGAGACAAGCAGAUUGGGAAAGGCUGAGGGAUUUGAUCUAUUCACGAAGUAGUGGCCGCUAGAGGUUCGUCAAAUGUGCGGCAAUGGACCAGCUUAAUCAUCUAGCUAUCGUGCAAUAACGUAGAGGCUGAUCUUAAAGAUGGAACAAGAAACAUGCCUGUCGAGACCCAGCCGAACAAGCACAGAAAAUAUCAUGCAUCUUCUUCUUCCAUUCAAUCUAGCUCUGUCUACCAAUUUUUUCGCUCGUCAAUGUGUUUCUAGCACUCAAAAAGCGUACGACUAGGUCAUUUGGCCCGACAUUCGCGCUUCUUUUCCUC